AUGUUGAAUCCGUACAGCUUCAACACUCCCGCUGUGGUUUUUGACAAUGGCUCUGGACUCUGUAAACUAGGGUUCUCUGGGGAGACUAGACCUCGCCACAUUAUCCGCUCUGUCGUGAGGCACCCGAGAUUGAAUUUGUCUUCCGAAGGCGGCAAUCCAAAGAACUAUGCCGUCAAGGGUGAAGCCCCACCCAAGAAUGAGGUCCUGUACCUGCGCUACCCCAUUGAGCGUGGCCUGGUCGUAAACUGGGAUGACAUGGAGAAGCUUUGGCAACAUCUUUUUGAGCAUAAGCUCGGCGUGAAAUCCAGCGAGCAGCCCGUGCUCAUGACCGAGCCCCCUUUAACCCCAAGGCAGAGCCACGAGAAGAUGGCAGAAGUAAUGUUUGAGACCUUCAAUGUGCCUGCCUUUUAUCCGUGUAAUCAAACGGUGGGAGUGCUGUAUGCCUCUGCCAGUGUCACCGGCCUCGUACUGGACAGUGGAGCUGAGGUCACUUGCACUGUCCCGAUCUUUGAGGGUUACCCCCUGCCUCAUGCCUCCAACAAGCUCUACCUGGCCGGAAGAGAUCUCACAGAGCACCUCUCCCAGCUCCUCCUAGCCAACAGAAACAACAAUCCCUGCGUGUUCAACAGCAGCCUGGUGCACGCCAUCAAAGAGAGGCUGUGCUACGUGGCCUACGAUCCAGAGAAGGAACAAUGCAAGAAGCCUGAGGAGUUCCUGAGAGAAUACAGACUGCCAGACGGGACUGUCUUCAACAUUGGAGAUCAACUGUACCAAGUGCCCGAGGCCCUCUUUGCUCCUGAUCAGUUGGGCAUCCACAGCCCUGGGAUCUCAAAAAUGAUCCAGAGUAGCAUUUUGAAGUGUGACAUGGACAUCCAGACCAACCUUUUUGCGGAUAUUGUGCUGGCUGGGGGGUCCACUCUGUUCCCUGGUUUCGAGGAACGCCUCUUGAAAGAACUGGAGCUGGUAGCUCCCCAAGGGAGCCCCAUCAAGAUCACUGCUUCCCUUGACAGGUGUUUCUCCGGGUGGAUCGGCGCGUCUGUCAUGAGCUCUCAGAGUAAUUUCAAGCAGAUGUGGGUUACCUCUGCUGAUUUCAAGGAGCAUGGGCCAACUGUGGUGGAGAGGAAGUGUUUUUAG